UUCUAAAUGAAAAAAAAUCAUUAAACUAAAAUUUAUAAUCAUCAAAAGCAAGCGCCCUGGUUUAAAUAUCUUCUCUCAGAUCCAUACCCAAUUUAACAUCAACGAUAGCAUGCAAUCCCCUUCACCAACACCACGAGUCACGCUAAGUUAAUCCAUUUUUAAAAUUAUUGUCAUAUAGUUGCAUUGUAAACAAAAAAAAUUUGUACCCUUUUUAAAUUAAAUGCUUCAACCAGACAACACUUACUAUCAAUCUACUCUAUCUUGAUUGUAUCUUCGGAACCCUUACAAAACCACCGCAUCCAACCAAUUUACACAUUUCUACCCAGUCAAAAUCAAUGGCCAAUGCAUCUCAACAUCAUAGUGGCUAUUCGAAGCAUUGCGGCCCUCCUUCGUCCAGACCAAAAAGAAUUGCCAUGGUCUGCGAUUUUUUCUACCCUAACACAGGAGGCGUAGAAAUCCAUCUAUACCAGCUAUCCACGUGUCUAAUAAAAAGAGGAAACAAGGUUAUUCUGAUCACUCAUAGCUAUGGCAACAGAAAAGGUGUCCGAUAUUUGACAAGUGGUCUAAAAGUCUACUAUCUUGUUUAUGGACAAAUGUAUAAUCAAGCAGCUAUGCCAACGUUCGGAUUCUCGACGUAUCUUCCAAUUUUUCGAAAAAUUCUGAUUCGUGAAAGAAUAGAGAUUGUUCAUUCUCAUCAAGCCUUCUCUACCAUGGCCCUAGAAGCACUGCUAUUUGCUCGUACUAUGGGAUAUAAAACUUGCUUUACAGAUCAUUCUCUGUUCGGAUUUGCAGACAUCUCCAGCAUACAUACCAACAAAAUUAUCAGAUUUACUCUGUCAGAUGUCGGACAUGUAAUUUGCGUUUCACAUACCAGCAAAGAGAAUACAGUCAUAAGAGCAAACCUGGACCCUUUAGAUGUAUCCGUGAUUCCAAAUGCGGUCGACUAUAUAUCCCUGACUCCUGAUCCAAGCAAAAGGGACCCUACAAAAAUCACAGUCAUCAUUUUGAGUCGAUUGGUAUACAGAAAGGGCGUUGAUUUGAUGGUGACAGUUAUUCCAGAAAUUUGUAGACAAUUUCCUCAUGUCCAAUUUGUGAUCGGUGGAACCGGUCCAAUGGCCAUCAAUUUAGAAAGAAUGAUAGAAAAAAACUGUCUUCAAGAACGCAUAACGAUGUUGGGAGCAGUGACACAUAAAAAUUUAAGAGAAGUGCUGAUAUCUGGGCACAUUUUCUUAAAUUGCUCUCUAACAGAGGCGUUUUGUAUUGCUAUCGUUGAAGCAGUGAGCUGUGGCUUGUUAUGUGUAUCUACAAAGGUUGGCGGCGUAAAAGAGGUACUACCUCCAGAGCUGAUCAAACUUGCUGAACCUUGUACAGAAGAUAUUGUUGCAAAGUUGUCGGAGGCUAUUGAGGAAGUGGGUGAUUUUGACCCCUGGAAGGCUCACAACUUGGUCAAGGAGAUGUAUUCAUGGAUAGAUAUAGCCAAGCGUACAGAGAUUGUAUACGACAGAUUGAUGAAUGAAGAGCCAUACCCAUUAAUUGAGCGAUUGUGUCGAUUUCAUAAUUGUGGUGAAUGGGCCGGUAAGCUAUUCGUCGUAGUAGCUGCUACAGUAUAUAUUAUGUGUCAAAUACUAGAAUGGUGGUGUCCAAAAAAAAGUAUUGAAGCAUGUCCUGAUUUUAAUUAUAGAAAAUGGGAACUUCAAAAAAAAUUUAAAAAAAAUAAUGAUUCCGGGCGUGAUCGAAACGCCGACCUACUGCGUGUUAAGCAGUUGUGA